AUGUUGGGAUUAAGAAGAAGUUCUGCACAUCUCUAUAAAACUAUUAAAUUUGUAGCUUUACAAAAACAAUUGUCAACAUCUGCAAUCCAUUUCGAUGUCGCCAAUGUCUCUUCUGACACUUAUUCAAAAAUAUACAAUGUUGACGUUUCAGAGUUGAAUCGUCCCUUAGAUAAUUUCCAAAGGCGUCAUUUAGGUCCAUCACCAGAGAAUACUGAGAAGAUGUUAAAAUUAAUGAAUUAUAAAGAUUUAGAUUCUUUUAUCAAUAAAGUUGUUCCAAAAAAUAUAUUGAUUAAAAGACAAUUGCAAUUAGACGCUCCAUUAGAUGGAUUUUCAGAAAAUGAAAUGCUUGAAAAUUUAAAGAAAAUUGCAAAUAAAAACAACUAUAAAGUUAAAAAUUAUAUUGGUAAAGGUUAUUACGGUACUAUUUUACCUCCUGUCAUUAAAAGAAAUUUAGUCGAGUCUCCAGAAUGGUACACUUCGUAUACUCCAUAUCAACCCGAAAUCUCUCAAGGUAGAUUAGAGUCCUUAUUAAAUUUUCAAACAGUGGUGACUGAAUUGACAGGACUACCUGUCGCAAAUGCAUCGCUAUUAGAUGAAGGCACCUCUGCAGGUGAAGCUUUACUAUUGUCCUUUUAUUCUGCAAAAAAGAAAAAGACUAAAUAUGCCAUUGAUAAGAAUAUCCACCCUCAAACUAAAAGUGUUCUAUUAUCAAGAGCUAAUCCAUUCAAUAUCGAAAUAGUAGAAAUCGAUUUUAAUAACGUGGAAAAUACAAUUGCAGCUUUAGAAGAUCCACAAGUCUGCGGCUGUUUAUUGCAAUAUCCAGACACAAAUGGCUCUAUAUUAUCACCUGAAAUACUACUUAAAUAUUCAAACAUCAUUCAUGAAAAUAAAGGUCUAUUUUCUGUUGCAUCUGAUUUACUAGCAUUAACUUUGCUGAAGCCUCCAUCUGAGUUUGGUGCUGAUAUCGUUUUGGGCUCUUCACAAAGAUUUGGUGUCCCACUAGGUUAUGGUGGUCCUCAUGCAGCUUUUUUUGCAGUUCAGAAGAAAUUAAACAGAAGAAUUCCGGGUAGAAUUGUUGGUGUCUCAAAAGAUCGUCUAGGAAAGCCAGCAUUACGUUUAGCAAUCCAGACAAGAGAACAACAUAUCAAACGUGAUAAAGCAACAUCGAAUAUAUGCACUGCACAAGCCUUGCUGGCUAAUGUGGCUGCUAAUUAUGCCGUAUAUCAUGGCCCUAAAGGUUUAACUGAUAUUGCAAAAAGGAUUUAUGGCAUGACAUCGAUAUUGGCUGAAGAGAUUAAGUCAGCAAAUUCUAAAGGUAAUUUAAUCAACGAAUCUUGGUUUGAUACGCUUACCGUAGAACUAAAGGAUGGUCAAACCUCUAAGGAAUUUUUACAAAGGGCUUUCAAUGAGUUCAACAUAAAUAUCUUUGCUGUAGACAAAAAAACCAUUUCUUUAUCUUUGGAUGAAACGACUACCAUGGAGGAUCUGAAUGCAUUAGUUGCUUUAUUUACCGACAAAUCGAAUGAUACAGUAAGUAACUAUGUUAAAACUAAAACUCCUCUUAAAGAAUUUCCAAUCCAUUUGAGACGCACAAAUGACUUCUUGAAACAAGAAGUCUUUAAUAUUCAUCAUAGCGAAACGGCGAUGUUAAGAUAUCUACAUCGUUUACAGUCAAGGGAUUUGUCUCUUGCUAAUUCCAUGAUACCGUUGGGUUCGUGUACAAUGAAAUUGAACGCAACCACAGAAAUGAUCCCAAUGACAUGGCCCCAAUUUGCCAAUAUACAUCCAUUUCAACCUAUUGAUCAAGUUAAAGGUUAUCAAGAAAUGAUAAACUCCUUUGAAAAGGAUCUGUGUUCAAUUACCGGCUUUGACGGCUGUUCUUUACAACCAAAUUCUGGUGCACAAGGUGAAUAUGCCGGUUUAAGAACUAUUAAAGCAUAUUUAGAAAGUAUUAAUCAAGGUAAUCGUAAUAUUUGUCUAAUUCCUAUUUCAGCUCAUGGUACUAAUCCUGCAUCGUCUGCUAUGUGCAAUUUUAAGGUUAUCCCUGUUAAUUGUUUGGAAAAUGGUGCGCUAGAUUUAAUUGAUUUAAGACAAAAAGCAAAAUUGCAUAAGGAUAAUUUAGCUACAGCCAUGAUUACGUACCCUUCGACAUAUGGUCUAUUCGAAGAAGGUAUCAAGGAAGCUAUCAAUAUUGUUCAUAACUUUGGAGGUCAAGUUUAUCUGGAUGGUGCCAAUAUGAAUGCCCAAGUUGGAUUAACUUCACCAGGUGAUUUGGGCGCUGAUGUAUGUCAUUUAAAUUGCCAUAAAACAUUCUCAAUCCCACACGGUGGUGGUGGUCCAGCCGGUGCACCUAUUUGUGUGAAGUCACAUUUAGUUCCUUUCCUGCCUCGUCAUGAUGUUGUCACUAUGUUGUCAGACAUUGGUAGUGAAGAAUCUAUAAAGCCUGUUUCCUCGGCAGCAUAUGGGAAUGCUUUAGUGAUUCCAAUAUCGUAUACAUACAUUAAAAUGAUGGGAUCUAAAGGUUUGCCAUUUUCUAGUGUUAUUGCUAUGCUUAAUGCCAACUAUAUGAUGAAGAGAUUACAAUCACAUUAUGAAAUUUUAUUUAUUGAUGGUAGUGAUAAGAGCUUUGAUCAUUGUGCCCAUGAAUUCAUACUUGACUUAAGAAUGUAUAAGAAACAUGGUAUUGAAGCAAUUGAUGUUGCAAAAAGAUUACAAGAUUAUGGAUUUCAUGCCCCAACUUUGGCAUUCCCGGUACCAGGUACAUUGAUGGUUGAACCAACAGAAUCUGAAAAUCUGGAGGAAUUAGAUAGAUUUGUUAAUACAAUGAUUUCUAUUAAAAGCGAAAUUGACGCGUAUAUACGUGGCAAGUCAAAUGGUUUGCUAAUCAAGAAUGCUCCACAUUCGUUGGAGGAUUUGAUAACUUCAACCGAUUGGGAAACUAGAGGUUACACGCGUGAGCAAGCCGCUUACCCAUUACCUCAUUUAAAAUAUAAUAAAUUUUGGCCAACAGUAACUAGAUUAGAUGACACUUAUGGUGAUUUAAAUUUAAUUUGCACAUGUCCAUCUGUUGAAGAGGUAGCCAAUGAAAUCAAUUGA